CUACAAUUUUUUUUUUAUAAUGGACGCUGUUCCCCAAUAAAAAUUACAUUUUUGUUUGCUGGUGUGUGAGAUUUGUCUAAUAUAAAAUAUGUGCCUUGUUUUAAUAAAGGUUAGGAGUUUGUGUGAAUCUAUAAAAAAAAAUGCUGUCACUUGUUGUCAUAGUAACGGUGUUAUCACAAUAACAGCUGCUGGCCUUUAUCGGAGCCUUCAUCCGGUGCACACAGCGAAUUUUAAUCCUAAUCCACUUGCAUCUUUUUUUUCCUAUAAGCAAACGUGAGACACUUGGCAAUACUAUUUGCGCUGGCGAUAACUGCGCGGUUACACGGGAAGGGGAGGAGGAAUCCAGUUGCAGCUGGGCUGAGAAGAUGGAAGAUUUCAUGGACAAAAUGUUGCUGUGAGAAAGUGGGGAGAAUUCAGACUGAUCUGUCUUAGCCAGUAUUAUCUUGGGACAGAAAAAAGUGCCAAGGAUCAUGGGAUGCGGCAUGGGGAAACCACACCCCAAGCAAUGCGACAGAGUGAGCAUUUCCGUUCCAGGUAAAUGUGAUUUCAUUCCAUCACAACCAUUGUUAGACUAAAAGUGUUUCAUCUAACAUUUUACUCAACUUUACACGCGCGGUGAAGCUGCGACGGGUGAGUUUUUCGAGCAAAUAAUGAAUAUGACUGCCUCGGCUCAUCGCUUUCAAAACUUUGGAUGUUUUUGAAUUGUAGCUAUCAGAGCGGCUGUGUUGAUCCAACGCUGGUAUCGUCAGUAUGUUGCCCGGCUGGAGAUGAGACGCAGAUGCACGUGGAACAUCUUCCAGUCCAUCGAAUACGCCGACGAGCAAGACCAGACCAAGCUUUACAAUUUCUUUGGCUUCUUGAUGGACCACUUCACCCCAGCCAGCAGCGAGCAUCCGCCUCCCAUCUGUUGAACCUUUGAUUCAGGAAAGCUAAUAUCACACAUCUUCCGUGAGAACGACAUCUGCCGCGAUACGGAAUGGGAGCGAUACAAUUGCUGCAGGAGUGUUGAGGUGCCUGACAGCUACACAGGCCCCCGGCUAACCUUUCCCAUGACAUUCUGCGGCGUGUCCAAGCUGGUGGAGGCCUUCAAGCAUAGACAAAAGCUCCAUGCUUGCUACGUUCUGCAGCUUCUAGGGGAGACUUGGAGACUGCUCCAAAUUCUCCCGAAUAUCAACCAUGUCUCCUUCUGCCAUACCAGAGAGAUAACCAUAUGCGGUGAUUUACAUGGACACCUUGAAGAUCUACUACUGAUAUUCUACAAGAAUGGAUUGCCUUCAUCCGAGAAGCCAUACGUGUUCAACGGAGAUUUUGUGGAUCGAGGCAAGAACUCAUUAGAGAUCCUGCUCAUCCUGUUUGGGUUCCUGCUGGUCUACCCCAACAACAUCCAUCUGAAUAGGGGCAACCAUGAGGACCACAUAGUUAACCUGAGGUAUGGAUUCACCAAAGAAGUUGCGGGAAAAUACCGGGUGCAUGGCAAAAAGAUCCUAAAGCUCCUCCAGAAGAUCUUCAGCUCGUUGCCUCUGGCAACCAUGGUGGAUCACAAAGUGCUCAUUGUGCAUGGAGGCAUCUCUGAAUCCACAGACCUUAAUGUAAUAGCCAGACUGGACAGACACAAAUAUGUCUCGACCCUGAAGCCUCCCAUGCAAAGCCUUCACAUCACCAGUAGCAACAGUAAGAUGGCGGACCCUGACCGUCUGGUGGAAAGUCGACGUCGAGUUCGCUCGCUGCCGAACCAGAGCCCGACUCCAGCCGGAAGGCACGAUUUCCCACGUCGCUCACUCCAAAACCCGCCCGUGAGCGACCAACUCUACUGGUCAGUGGAAAAGGAGCUGAGGAAGAGGCGCAGAGAUGCAGGUUUUGACCAGUCUUAUGGAGAUAUGAAGAUGUCCGACUCUGCCCAAGACCCUGAGGACACUGGAACAGAUGACCACGAGUGGAAACAAAUAGUGGACAUGCUGUGGAGCGACCCGAUGCCCCAGAAUGGCUGCAUACCUAAUAAGUUGCGAGGCGGCGGCUGCUAUUGGGGUCCAGAUGUCACAGAGAAUGUUCUCGGACGUCACAACCUGCAGCUCCUCAUCCGUUCACACGAGUGCAAACAAGACGGCUAUGAAUUCUGCCACAAUCGUCGGGUUCUGACCAUAUUCUCAGCUUCCAACUACUACGAAGUGGGCAGUAACAGAGGAGCCUACAUCAGGAUGGGCCCCAAUCUGAACCCUCACCUGGUUCAGUAUCAAGCCAGCAGCACAUGCAUAGAUCUCACCCUGCGACAAAGUGUUGGCUGGACAGAGAGGUCGGCCUUGCAAGCUCUGCGGCAACAAGUGUUUGUCCACAAGUCAGAUCUCAUCAGUGCCUUCCAGGCGUUUGAUCCAGACAGCACAGGGUUGAUCUCCACGAGGGACUGGGCCAGUGCCACAGAGAGCAUUCUGAAGCUGGGUCUACCCUGGAGGGUCCUGCGCCCUCAGCUUGUCAGCAGUACCCAGCACGGCAAGGUGGAAUACCGGCAGUGGAUCAGGGAGCUCUCCCUCACAGAGCCUCACCUAGAGAUCUCAGACACCAGCAUCCUAGAGAUCAUGUACAAGAACCACUCCAAUCUUGAAACCAUCUUCCGGGUUAUAGACACAGAUCACUCAGGUCUAAUCUCACUGGAGGAAUUCCGUCAAACUUGGAAACUGUUGAGCUCUCACCUCAAGAUGGAGAUCAGCGACAAAACCGUAGCGGACUUGGCUCAGAGCAUCGACUUCAACAAGGACGGGGUCAUCGAUAUCAACGAAUUCAUGGAGGCAUUCCGCUUAGUGGGCAUCUCGGCACACAAGUAGACGCGGUGGUGGCCUCACCGUAAAAGGUUUUAGCUGAGGGUACAUGAAAACUUUUGGGUAGGGACACUGAUGUAAACCUUACAGUCUGGACCGUUUUUUCCCUUCGUUGUUUUUAACUUGGAGUUUGUUAAACUGCGUCCACUCUGAUUUGCUUUCUAGUCAUGUGCAUAUGAAUAGCGAACAUUGUUAUUACACAGGGUUUUUUUGUUUAUGGUGGUCUCAACACACAGCCUUUUGAGGUUACGAAAGGCACGCAUUGAACUAGUUUGCGCAUGGCGUGAGCAUAUGCAAGCUGUUACCGGCUCACCUUUCAUUUGAUUAAUAUUUAGGGCCGGAGGGUUUGUUUCAUCCAAACAAUUUACAGUCAUUCUAGCUUUACUACUGUAUUAGCUUAGGUUAGUGAUAAGACUGAAGGGUGUUCCGACCUGCAUGAUUGGCAUUACGUCGUAAACUGAGGAUCCACUGGACUGUUUUCUAUGUUCGUGUAUGCAAGAGAGAACAGAGAAUACAAUAACAAUAACAAUUUUUAAAAAAGCUCACUAUGUAGUCCUAAUUUUGUGGACUGUAUUCCGACCACAGUGGUGCCUUGACUUACAUGUUUAAUUUUCUCAGUGACCAAGCUCGUAACUCAAUUUACUCAUAUUUCAAAUUAAUAUCCCCCAUUGAAAUGAUCUCAAAUGCAAUUAAUCUUUUACAGUGUGCUGCUCCUUUUUUUUAUUAAUUUCACUCAAGCCAGCAUUGCUAAAGCACACUAGUAACUCAAAUUUUGGCUCGCAACACAAAGCAAAAGAAUCCAUCAAGCAACAGCUUGUAACUCGAAGAACUGACAAUUUAGGCACUCAUAAGUCAAGGUACCACUGUACAGUCUUCAUGGACAAUGAGUAACAUUUCACGAAAUAGCAACAGACAAAAUGGACUCCUGAGAAUCCAGAGUACAAAACAGACCUUUAGAAAGUGUCAUCCCCGCGUGAAUAAAUAAUCCCUGUGCAAGCUUAAUCGACUCUGCUGCCAUUUGUCGUUCAUCUGCACAGGGAUGCCAAUCUGCCGCGACGUGAAU